AGCACACUCCGCAUUUCCCGUUCCUCUCCACUUCCGCCGCAGGUUUUUCCUCGGAGGAGAAGAAAUCUCGUCGGAAACGCAGGCAUGAGCAAAGGAGGAGCCGCCGGUGGUGGGGCCCAGAAAGGCGGGAAGAAGAAGGCGUCGACGUUCGUGAUUGACUGUGGGAAGCCGGUGGAGGAUAAGAUCAUGGACAUCGCCUCACUGGAAAAAUUCCUUCAGGAGCGCAUCAAGGUCGGAGGAAAGCCUGGAGCGCUUGGGGACACUGUUACCGUUGCCAGGGACAAGACUAAAAUCACUGUGACAGCCAACGACACCGCCUUCUCCAAGCGGUACCUGAAAUACUUGACAAAGAAAUAUCUUAAGAAGAAUAAUGUGCGUGAUUGGCUCCGGGUGAUAGCAUCAAACAAGGACCGAAAUGUCUAUGAAUUGAGGUACUUCAACAUUGCUGAGAACGAGGCAGAGGAAGAAGAUUGAUUCAAGAUUGGUCUUGUGAGAUUUUCGUACCUGAUUUUGUUUUGUUAAUCAAGGUUCAAGACUAAUGGUGUUUUAGUAUGAUGUGUUAUUAUUGAUUUGGCUUGUAGAGAAAUGAGACAUUUUUGUUGCUGAAAUUGGGUCCCUUGCAAAUCAGUAACUGGUUUGUUAAACAGGAUAUAUUAUUUUACAAUCACAUUGUUGAUUUCAUAUCAUUUAUAUAAUUCAACUAUUUACAUGUAUGUAUACAUAUGGUUACAUUCAAUGGAUCAUAUUAUUUAUCUAAACAGGAU